CUGCAUGAGGCGGCGACAUGGGAGCCAGGAGACUCCGGGUCAGAAGCCGGAGGAGCCGGGACAGCUCAGUGCCCACCCAGUGCAAUCAGACCGAGUGCUUCGACCCUCUGGUGCGAAACUGCGUGUCCUGUGAGCUCUUCCACACGCCGGACACUGGACAUACCAGCAGCCUGAAGCCCGGGACAGCUCUGCAGCCUCAGGAAGGCUCCGCGCUGAGACCCGACGUGGCGCUGCUCUUCGGUGCCCCCGCACUCCUGGGACUGGUACUGGCGCUGACCCUGGUGGGUCUGGUGAGCUGGAGGUGGCGUCAACAGCUCAGGACGGCCUCCCCGGACACUUCAGAAGGAGUCCAGCAAGAGUCCCUGGAAAAUGUCUUUGUACCCUCCUCCUCAGAAACCCCUCACGCCUCAGCUCCUACCUGGCCUCCACUUAAAGAAGAUGCAGCCAGCGCCCUGCCACGCCACAGUGUCCCGGUGCCGGCCACAGAACUGGGCUCCACCGAGCUGGUGACCACCAAGACAGCUGGUCCUGAGCAGUAGCAGCAGUGGAGGUUGGAAUCCAGGGAUCCCUUCUGGGCUUGUGGACUUCACCCAACAGCCUGGGAAACAACUCAGCCCUUCAGUGAUGGAGUCCUUUGCCUGGGGGUGAAUCCAGCAGAACCAGACACUACGGCCACAUGAAAUUGCUUUGGGGUUAGUUCUUGGCUUGAGAACGUUCCAUUUCUGAGACGGUUUUUAAGCCUGUGUGCCUUCAGAUGGUUGGAUAAGCUUGAGGGUUGCAUAUUAAUCUCUGUAAUGAGUCAGAGAUUGGAAACUUAAUCUCUUUCUAAAAAUUUUGAAUUAUUGGGCUGGAGGCAUGGCUCAGCAGUACGGUUUGUGUGCUGUUCUAGCCGAGGACUCCAGUUGUUCAGCUUCCCAGAACUCAGAUCUGGCAGCUUAAAACCACCUGUCACUCCAGCCCUCAGAAUAUCCUUGCCUCCAAAGGCACCAGCAC